UCCUUACCGCCUUGUUGUUCGCAGCAAGUCGCCAUUACUGUCGCCAUAUUAUGCGAAGUAUCUGUUAAUUGACAAAUUUUUCUCGAUUUGUGGCUAAGUGGAUGUUUUAGCAGCAAUUCAGGAUAUACGUGGUCUUUUUCAGAACAUGGAGUGACCAUGAGUCACCCUAGUCCAACGGGAAACGGCUGCUCUCUGGAGGAUUGUUACACAAACUUGUUUGCCUUGACGGAUCUUGGUGGCAUAAAAUGGCGUAAAUUGACUUCAAAUCCGGACAAUGUAUCGGUGGAGCAACUCGAAGAUCCAGUGCUUGUUUCCUAUGCACGUUGUAUUCAAAGUGGUUUACUAUGUGUUUGGAGACGAGUAGUGAAAAAUUCAGAAGCUCGAUCCCCGGAGCAGUUGUCAGUUGGCAAAGAACUGUGGGUAUUUUGGUAUGGAGACGAGCCGACCGGCAUCGACAACCUUCUCUCCCCUGACCUAAAGGAGUUGGAGCAUGGGUCUUGGGACAAGGAGAAGGACAAGGACAGUGGGCUGACUUAUGAGUGCAGGACGCUGUUGUUCAAAGCUUUACACAACCUGAUUGAAAGAUGUUUGCUGUCAAAGAACUUUGUGAGACUAGGGAAAUGGUUUGUCCAGCCCUACGACCAGGGAAGUGCUUUGGACCGAAGUGCUCACCUUUCCUUCUGCUUCAACUUCUUCUUGCACGGUGAGAGCCAGGUGUGUGCCAGCAUUGAGGUGAAGCAGCACCCUGCCGUCUGGCGCCUUACCCCACAACAUGUACGUCUGGUACAGGAGAACCAUGCUUCAUUUCAAGUGAUUCUGGCACCGUAUGGACUAAAUGGAACACUGACAGGGCACACAUAUCGAGACACGGACCAGAUCAGCCGCAAGAUGUUUGAGGAAUGGAGCCAGUUUUACCCCUUUGAAAAUAACACCAGUACUGAUGACAAAGAAAAACUGCCAAACCUGGUUGAAGUCAUUGUCUCGGGUGUGAGGAUGCGGUACCCGGCCUCCUUCGUGCUCAUCUGUGACAAUGAAGACUCCCCUGUGCGUCUUCAGCCCCUCACUGUUAAUCCAAGUGUGGGGCCAAGGUCGCAGUUCAACCAGUCUAUGAUGAGCAACGGCCCACUGACACCACCCACCUCCCCAGCAGACAACUCCAUGGCCGGCGACACCGGGGUGAAGAUCGUGCCGAUGACACCGAUGAACAUUGGUGUGGCUGAAGGCAAUGUGAAUGUCAACUGUAUGCCCAACGCUUCUGAUGUUCUUGGUCACGCCAUCACACAGAAGGUUCUAGAAGAUUCUAGCAUCACCACCAGCAUGGCCAAGAGGACGAGCGACACCAGUGAAGAGUUGGCUGCAGGACAGUGGCACUUUGCUGAACCCACUUCCAAAGUCAAUUGUGCUUGUCCCAGGCAAAGGAAGAUGAAAGGUGGAGGUGCAGGUCAGUCGAAGAGUUUCCCCAGCGGGAAACACAAAGGUGAAAAGCAGGAAAAGCUAGAAAGGCAACAGUCAAGGCAUGGUCGGAGUUCUACACCUUUUCACAGGCGUUCCCCUGUCAUGGAUGAUCUCAUGCAGUUUGAUAUAGACCUCAGGCUGCCUCCGAACCCAGCAUUCUGCCCAACUGGCGGAACUACCAUAGCUCCUCAAGGGCAGAGCACUCCAAAUGAAACCAAUGUUGAUACGCCCUCUGCUCCUUCUCCCUUAGAUGAACUUCAGCCCCUUGUCAACUCUACAAUGGACCCACCAAUGCCGACGUUAAGUCCGCAUCCACCUCAAAAACUUAUUGGAAACGAAAAGGAAGUGUGUGGGAAACAAACGGGCAGUGCUUCUGAAAACCAGAAUGGGUUUAUGUGUUCUGGGUUCCCAGACUUUUAUCCUAAGAAUGAGGAAGGGGUAUCCAAAUCUGAUGCUGUGGACUCUCCGUGCCACUGGGGCCAAGAGUCCAAGCAUGACAGUGUGAACAACUGGUUACAGUCGCAGCAUCGCCAGAUGGAGUUGACACGGGGUCUGAAGCGUCCCAGCCUCCCCACCAAAGAUGCAGACGAGGAAGAGGAACUAGUCACAGAUUCCCUCUACAAUAUGAACUCAGUGCAGCAGUGGCAAAGGGAAGAUGAAAGGUUGGUGGAGUGCAAGUCGCAGCAUCGCCAGAUGGAGUUGACCACGGGUCUGAAGCGUCCCCAGCCUCCCACCAAAGAUGCAGACGAGGAAGAGGAACUAGUCACAGAUUCCCUCUACAAUAUGAACUCAGUGCAGCAGUGGAUCGAUCUUCCAAUGAAGAAAGUUCGAAUCGACACUACCCCUCCUGAUGGUUCCAAUAUCCAACAACCCUCCCUCUCCGAUUCCUCCUCCCCCUCCGGCCAUUCCCAAAGACACACGCCCAAACCUCCUACCCCACCUCCAGCCCCGGACCCCUAUGAGUUCUCCGAUGAGGCAUCCGUUAACCCUGGAACACUUACACGAUGCUCGCGGAAAAGUCGAGACGAACACUUUCCACGACCGUCACCGAAACGGGUAAGUUUAGCUUUGACUUCAGAUGUUUCUGCUACAGUUGGUUCCCCUCAGACGCCAGGAGCUAGUCUGACCCGAGAGAUUGAUCUCAAACCAACCGAGCUGGACUUGGAACAUAUAUUUGAGUCAUCGGGUGAUGACAGCGAUGAUGCUGGGGGAAUUGAUGCAGGGUUGUCUGCCAGCAAGACAACAGAGGAACUGACUGCUGGCAAAAUAACGCCAUCUGUAGCACAAGACCUGUCAAGGAUUACCCAACGCCACCGUCACUUGAAAAUACCAAGCUGCCGUCUCCUCGAGACGAUGACCGAUGUCACGCACGAUGUAGUCGAAGUCAAAGUAGAGGCAUAUCCCAUGCCCACUGCUGAGGAGUUGUGUAAGCAAGGGGUAUUCAAGCCGCCAGAGUUUGGCAAGUUUGUUGGUUGUGGGAAGUAUUCCCAGGUGGAGUUACCCAGCAAGCAGCUGUCUCCGAUCCCUGUUCUUCCUGACUACAAACCCCCAUGGCAGUACAGCAUGACCAUCAUGGACAAGUCACUCUCUCAACCACCCCCAAGUCAAUACAUUAACAUCCCGUCCAUAGAGAACAUCCCCAGUCUGACUUCACGACUGCCAGCUGGCACGGUGGAGAGUUCCCCCGCCACGUUCCACAACAGCAAUCAGCAGCGAACUCCACGCACACCACGCACCCCCAUGAGCUACGAGCUCCAGUCACCAGCAUCCAAUGCCUCGUCCAUUCUGAACAAAACCCUCAACUCAAUAGACAAUCACGGCACCAAUAACCAGCUACCGGAGGUGCACAGCCUCAUUGUCAAUGUGCUCCUCUCCGAUUCCAUUCUCAAUCUCUUCAAGGACCACAACUUCGACAGUUGCAAUAUUUGUGUAUGUAAUAUGGACAUUAAAGGUUCCGAUGCCGGCCUGUACGUACCAGACACCCGGACAAACUCUGAUUCCUUGUCCUGCAGUUGUGGUUUUAGUGCUGCCAUGAACCGAAAGUACGGUUACAAUUCAGGGUUGUUUUAUGAAGAUGAAGUGGAUAUUACUGGAAUGCGUGAGGACAGAUUUGAACGGCGGAAGCCGAGUUUGCUAGCGUUGGACGAGAACACGAUAAAAGACAAUGUACCCGAAGAUAUACCUCAGAUAAUAUUGGAGUUACUCCUAGGACAGUUUACUCUGCCUCAUCCCUCAAUGGUGGCAGAGCACAGAUUGUCCUUGUUAGAUAUGUGUGCAGCUACGUCUUUCAUGGGAAGUGUCGUGGAUACUUUGCAGAUAAGAGAUGGAAAUGAGGUUUCCUACAAUGCUUUGGAUCAGGGGAGACAAGCCAUGGAGAACUGCUCACCAAACAAACUUGAUGACCCUGCCAUGAAAAAGAACUGUCUCCAUAAAUGGCCGUUUCUUAAAGGUGCUAAUCGAAUCCCGCUGAACUCCCAAGACAUUCUGCGCAUGUUGAAGACACUGAACCCCCUCCUGAUGGAUGCCAUCAUGAACAAGCGCAUCAUGCGGGUCUGGGAACACAGUCACAAGCUUACUGGGCCCCUCAGUUGGAAGGACUUUCAUCAGCUGGCAGACAGAGGGUCGGACGAGAACAGCGAGCCUCAGCCCAUCCCACAUUUCCUGGUGGGGUACGACCGAGACUGGCUCUCCGUCUCCCCCUUCAGUAUACGAUUCUGGGACAAAGAGUUCAUGGAGCCAUUUGGUCGUCAGCGUGACAUUGCGUACGUGGUCGUCGCACCUGAUAAUGACUUCAUCCUACAGAAUGUGAUCAGUUUCUUCAAGGAGCUUAGUACAGUGUAUGAACUAUGUCGGCUGGGCAGACAUUGCCCAAUAUCUAAAGUGCUAAGAGAUGGUAUAAUGCGGGUCGGGAAGAGUGCUGCUCAGAAAGUGCAAGAUGAACAAGUGGAUGAAUGGUUCAAGUCUAUAGGGGAAUCCUCACUGGCUGCCAAGUUGAAGCUAUAUGCACAGGUGUGUCGUCAUCGACUGGGUCCGUUCCUGGCAAGACAGAGCCUGGACAAGUCCUUGUUUGACACGCCAUCUAGUUCAUCCCACAAAACUCCCUUCAAGGCUCCAGAGCCUGCUAAGCCACCUACACCGGGACAGUCAGAACUCUACAGGGAUCACCCCAGGCCAGGAAGAAGUGGGUUUAGUGAAGGAAGUUCCCAGAAGGACGGAGGUCAACAUGACCUGGACACUGACGACAACAACCAUUGUCCGGCUGUAGUGGUUUAUCUCAUUGACCCAUUCACAUACGGCAACGCGUGGGAUGAUGACAGUCGCCUGGCUAUGGUGGGGCUGCUUCGCUGCUAUCACCAGAUGGUCCAGUCUCUCCCAGAGAACCUUCAGAACAACAUGUGCUUACAGGUUGUGCCUCUGAAGACUAUCCUUGGUUACAAAGAAAGCAACACCCAGUUUCAGGCCCUCAAGUCCGUGGCCUUCUCAGUGUUCACAAACUGCAGAUGGAACCUGACACACAAUAUCAUGGGUCGACCUCUCACAGGCUUUGGACCUGCAGCAGCUGCAGAACAGUUCCUCAAAAAGGAGGAAAAUUGUGUCACACGCCUUUACAGUCCCCCGUUUGUGCUGGCGCCAGUGCGGGACAAGCAGAGCCAACUGGCGGAGUGUUGUGGGGAGAAGACGGAGAAGUCCAACGUGUUGUUCUGUGCCUACUGUCUGUCGGAAGACCAGCGCUGGCUGCUGGCCGCUUGUACAGACGAGAGGGGAGAACUCAUGGAGACCUGUGUCAUUAAUAUUGAAAUACCAAACAGGAGCCGGAGGAAAAAGGCAUCAGCUCGGAAAGUUGGCUUGCAGAAGUUAUUUGACUACAUUCUUGGCAUUGUUUCCAUGACAACGCUACCUGCCAGGCUUGUGAUAGGCAGGUUUGGCCGUCUUGGUCAUGGAGAACUUAAAGGCUGGGCUGGUAUCAUCAGCAAGAAGAACCUUGCGUACGUGAGCAAGCACAUGCGAGAUGUCUGCAACCAGUGUUCCUACCUGUCCAGUGAAAACCCCAGUAUCCUCAGUGCAUGUCUGGUGUCCUUGGAGGCGCAACCCAGCUUCCAGGUGAUGGCCGACGCCCUCAAGAUGGAGGAGAAGCCCAGCAGCAACUGCCCCCUCCAGACCCCCCGGGAUGCUUCGACAUCCCACAUCCUCGUCUUUCCUACCUCGGCUACAGCACAGGUAAACAGUGCUGCGAUGCCCAUUGAACCUAGUCACUUAGAGCUGGAUGAAAUCAUGUCCUAUGAUGAAUUUGGCACUAUGGACAACGAUUUCAACUUCAACGAGCUGUUCGGGCCAGACCCAGGAGUUACCUCCCCUAAUGGUUCUCCUCCACCAGGUGACAAGGGCAGGCUACCAGAUCAGCGCUCUAACGGACAAAAUGCUCUAAACAGUGGUACCUCCAAUAUCGAUAUUCAGGACGAACCCCCCAAUCUGCUCCAGCAGCCCCUGGCCAUGGGCUACAUGUUGUCCACGGCAGGGGCAGGACCUCUGCCCAAGUGGUUUUGGUCUGCAUCUCCAGAAAAUGAAUAUGUCUCCCCAACAGUCUUCAAGGCCGCUCUACACAUCAAUUCAUCCUCCAAACAAGAUGACUUCAUGCCUCACCCUCAGGAUCGCAACUCUCAUGCCCUUGACUCCCACCUCACAUGUGAUGUGCUAAGGUUUGUGCUGGAACACUACAACGCCCUGUCCUGGUUGACGUACGACCCAGCCACCAAUGAUCGCCGCUCGUGUCUGCCCAUUCAUCUAGUCGUGUUAAUGCAGAUGUAUCAUGCCCUCAAUGCCUUUGUGUGACCACUGCCAAGUCAAAAUGGCAUCCUGAAAAGUCUUGCCAGAAUUGAGGGGACCGUCAUGUCCAUAUUUCCCCUUAUCAAGCUGUGAGUUGCUGUGAUGCUCCUUUAAUGGAAAUUCUCGUGUCAGAUCUAGCAAAAAAGGUGUUUUUGGUUGUCUGUAUAUUUGAAUAUUUUGCCAAAAUACCCCAAAAGGUUAUCCCAAUACUUACGAUACCUCCCAUGUGACUAAAAUGGCCGCAAUUAAUGGCAGCAACGGAAAUCUAUCUCUGAGAGGCAGCUAUUGUGAACCAGUGUGGAUAUUCCUGAAUUUUGAGGGCAGUGCUAUGACCAGUGGCAGGCACGACCUGGAUUGGUCAAGGUCAUGAGGUCAAGGUCAGUCAAGACAAUCUCAGCUUACUGUGUGGGGCUGAAAGAUGGAGCUUUACCUGGACGUGCUCUGACAGAAAUGUGAUUCCUGAAUUGUGAUACUGAAGGUCAUUGAUGGACUGUGAAAGACUGGAAGAAUACACUCGUGAAUAUUACAAGCCCGGUUUCUUAUUUUUAUAGAUACACUUCAUUCCCACUAUCUUCAUAAAUAUAUUUUGAUGACCUACUUACAGACAUAUGGAAAAGAGUAAGUUUGUGAACUUAUGACAUACGCUAUGAAACAUGAACAGGUUAUUUCAAAUGUUCACUAUGUCCUGCUAGAAUACAGUUCUCAAUAUCUUCUCAUUCGUCGAUAUCUAUACAUAAAUGUAUGUACAUGUUAGUGAAUGGUUUAGGUUGAGUAUUUUAUGAACAGAUGGGUUACUUUGUGGCCAUUAUUUCUAUAAAUAUGGUGUUAGCUAUCUGGAAUGAUAUUUUGAACAAAUAAAGCAAUUGAUUGUCAAUACCUGUGAUUGUUUAAAUCAAAAUAUACAAACCCAUGGAAUAUUGAAAAUGUUCCAGUAAUGUGAUAACCAACAACGUUUAUCAAAACCACAUAUUAUGACAGGAUUCAGGAAAUCCUGUUCAAUUCUGCUUAUAAAAGGCAGGUCCUGUCUUCGCUUUUGAAGCAAGUAAUAAAUCGUUUUAGAGACGUUUCUUAAAAAUGUAAAAUAUAAAAGCAUUCUGAAAUAUUUUUGCAUGCAUACUUUUUGAAAUUCAUCGCAUGAAACAAAUUUUAGAGGACUUUUACAACAGAGUUUGAAUAUGCACAUUUAAUACUUCAUGUAACACAUGGCAUUUAUUGACUGAAAAUGUUGCCUGUUGUGUGUUGAGGGCUGUUGGUUUAACAGUGCCGAACAGCUUGUACUGUGAGAGUCUGAUGACCACAGACCUAAUUUCAGUGCAAGUUGUUUGCAUAAACAAAGUGAAUGUUUUGAUUGUGCAUCACAGGCUUGCAAAUUAUCUAUACUCAACCAAAAAAAGUUAAGGACCACCCAAUAUUCAAUAUUUAAGUACUAAAUGGAUCAUACUAUGAACUACUGAAUACUUUAAUAUGGAAAUUGGGGUGGUCCUUCACUUUUAUUGUUGAGUAUAUAAUGCUAAAGUUUUGAUAUUUGGUUGACCUCUGAACCAUCCCCAAAUUAUUUUUGAAAAUAAACCAUAGUGAAUAUAUUUUAAAUUAUAGGAGUACUUAAGAGUCGUUUUGAAGAUGUUUUAUGAGAUGAAACAAACCAAGUCUUCACUAUGGAUUGAAUCUGAUUGUAGUUUUCUUCAGUACAUGUUCAGCGACGUUUUGAGUAUACCUCAUUCAGAGACAAAACAUUUAAUCACUGAAACUAUAGUGUCCAUGUCCUCAAGUUAAGGGGUUAGUUUUUGCGGGAGAAUGAAGUAUGAAAUGAACGCUUUAGUAUCUUAACAGUACCUAAUGGUAUUUGCCAAAUAAUUCAAUCAGUUUGAGAGUUUAUUUCAUGGUACCAUAGACAAAGUAAGUCUUUCUGAAACCUGACUUGUAUACAAAACUCAAGCAAUAAAAAAUCGCAGCAAUUUAUUUUAACCAAAAUGGUUUGAAAUAGUAUGAAUUCUUAAUUUUGUUUAUCAUUUGAAAAUGGAAAGUGGUUUCCUUUUAAUGUGAUGAGAAUUCUUUCACUUAAUAACCUUUCCUUCACUUAAAGCAAGUGAUACCAGCAUCUCUUCUACAUUCUGUAAAUAUGGUAAAUGACUAGCAAAUCUUUAUAGAGUAAAUCUUUGAUAUGUUUUGUGGUCAAUACUUAUUCCUUGUAUCUGUUGGCAGCCCUGCUUUUUUGUAUUGACAACCGACCCAUGUUAUUUCUAAGUAAAAAUUUCGUCACGAUAUGGCUGAGGUAUUGCCGAUGUGACGUUAAAUCUUAACUCACUCACUCUAAAUAAAAAUGCAUGCCAAAAGAGAGAUAAGAACAGCAUGAAGUUUUGAGAGACUUCACUUCCUUUCUGUGUGCAGUUAUGUUGAAGUAUUAUCAAAAGUAAACUAGUCCAACUAAGGUGUAGACAUAUUCCUGGUUUCCAGGACCUGUGUCAUCAAACACCCCUCUGAAGCAUUUUGUUUCAGCUAAAAACCAAAAAAUGGUAAUUCUGACCCCAGCCUCUUUAAUUUCACAUUUGCGUUGAAGGCUACUCCCACGUUUUCCAAUUUCAGUUCUUGAACACCAAUAACAGUAUCAUUAAGGCCAGACCAAUUUUAUUUCUUGUUUUAUGGACCUGCUGGUCAUAUUUUUUUCAAGAAUAAGAAAAAAGUAAUAAUAAUAAUUUUCCCCGCUCAAAAAAUAAACUUAUAUUCUUAUUGGCAAAAAUUAUUUUUAGAUUGUUUUUGCUCCAUAUACACUUCAUAAAUUGCCAAAAGUAAAAUACUUUUAGUAUUUCAGAGGAAUAUUACUUUGACUGGUGAUAUUAAAAAAUCUAAAUUCCAAACAGCCUUUAGGUUUUCUGAUGACAAAAAUCCAUAAAAUAGAUAAAAUUGGUCUUGCUUGAGCAACUUUUAAAACUGACAAAUUUCCCUUGCACAUAUUUUUCUAAUAUUGAUACUUAAUAAUAUAAGUAAAGAAUAGUUAACAGAUGAACAGUAUGUUAUAAAGAUGUAAUAAGUGACAAAUUGGUGAGAAUUAUGUAUACCUCAUCGCACAUGCGAACCAGACAAUUUUUUAAGGUUGCUUCGUUUACUGUAGAUGCUAGAACAUUAAACACUGGAGCAUUACCUGAGUUGUCAUCCUUAUUCCAGUAGACAGCGCUGUCCAUCAAUGUCGGUUUCAUUGGAAGGGUAAUUAUGUAAGGGUCAGCAUUCUUAUGUUACAGUCCAUAGUAAUGACUGAAAUGUGCAAUGACUUGUUUGCAUAUGGGUGUAUUUAAGUAUGAUAUGGUCUUGUAUUGACAACACUGAAGGAUUCCACAUGUCAUUUGUGUGUCAUAGUGUACAUUGUUCAUGGAUCAUUGUUACCCUCUGAAGCUGCAGCUGCAGCCAAAGAAGAGAUGACCAGCACAAACUGAUCUGAUUUCUGUAAAUAUUUUUGUUAUUUGCAAUUAAAGAUGUAAAAUCAAACUACAUCAACAUAACCCCAGUUCACAUUGUUAAGUUUAUGGUUGAAAAUCUCUGCUGAGUUGACGGACAACUGUUAUGUUAUUUAACUACUCGGAGGGUAAUAGGAUGCUCAAUAUUAUUCCCCUAUGGCUAAUGAUGUACAUGUGGCACCUGUUUCACUAUGCUGGAUGUACAUAUCGUGUGUCAGUACUGUUUGUUAUAAGGUGUAUGGGGAGGGGGUGAGUGAUGUACAUUACUUGAAGAAGUGCUAGUUAUUUCAUCUAGCACCAGUAUUAUAGCUCCAGCAGAGAUUCCUCCAUUGUUUAUGUCCUCCAGAACGAGAUUUUCUACUUUUGGCUGGAUGUGACUGUUCACAGUUGUCGUGUAAAUAGUAGCCCACUAUGACAAGCUGUGAUGUACAUCUCUAUCAUGUCAGUUUUCACAACUUUUCUCAGAUUGUAUGUAUUUAAAAUAAAAUUUGAUCAUAACUUAUUUUUCGUAGCUAGUACAUAUCGUACAAAUACUAGCUCAUGAAAAUAAAUUGAAGACAAACAAAA